CGCUCGUCUCCACCGGCUGUCUGUGGCUCUCCAUCUGCCUGUCGUCCAUCUCCAGGACACCCGCCGGCUUCAGCGUCUGUCCUGUGCAUCUGCGUCGCUCCACCGUCAGCAAAUCGAUCGUCUAGCCAUGGCUGAAACUUGGGACUCGUCUGAAUCGUCGGUGACCUACUGGGUCGAGUGGUUCCAUCAGCUGAGGGGAAACGAGUUGUUCUGUGAGGUCGACCAGGAGUAUAUUCUCGACCGAUUCAACCUCACGGGGCUCCCGACCGAAGUGCCGCACUAUGCCCAGGCGUUUGAGAUGAUCACCGACUCGCUGGAAGACACUCUCGAUGAGCCCCUGCACACCGAGGUCGUCAAGGCGGCAAAGACCCUGUACGGGCUCAUCCAUGCUCGGUUUGUCAUCACGGCACGAGGCCUCACCAAAAUGGCCGAGAAGUUCCGCGAGGGCUGCUUUGGCCGGUGCCCACGAGUGCUCUGCCACAACCAACCUGUUCUUCCGAUUGGCAUCACCGACAUUCCUGGGAUCAAGUCCGUCAAGCUGUACUGCCCGAGCUGCGAGGACAUCUACAACCCUACAUCGCGACGCCAUCUCACCAUCGACGGCGCUUACUUUGGAACCACCUUCCCCCAUCUUCUUCUGCAAAUGUUCCCCGAGCUGCUACCCGAAAAGUCUACCGAGCGCUAUGUGCCCAAGAUUUUCGGCUUCAAAAUCCAUCACACAGCGCGCGAGCAACGCAAGCAGGACGAGCUCCGCGAGCAGCAGCAGAAGCGACUGGAAGAGGGGCUCUAGAUCCCUCGUGGCUACAGCC